AUAAUAAUAUGUACAUUGUGCGCGACGCAAUAUAAUAUUAUAAUCAGCCGCCAUCGGCUCGCUGGAACGCGAAAUACGCAGUCGCCCUGCAAAAUAACACCGUCCAGUCAGUUCCGUAGUGCUAACGCGGAAUUAUUAUCAUUGUUUACUAGCGCAAAGCGCCGUUUUUUUUACAAUAAUAAACUGUCGUUUUUUGUAGUCGCCAAUCGCCAUUUAAAUAUUGCAUUGUGCGUCGACAAUUUUUUUAUAAUAAUCGUAUGUCAAUUAUAUUCAUAUUAUAUUGCACGCAAAUCGCCUCUGUUGUAUCGCAUUAAUUUUUUAGCGUGCGCUAAUCGUUCACUUAAUUAUAUUAUACAAUCAAAGGCGCUAAUCACCAUCUAUUAUUAUAUUUUGUGAGCACGAAAAUCGCGCAUUUCAUUAUUAUUACGUGCUAGUAUAGGCGCCAAUCGCCACAGUUAUUAUAUAUAUAUUUUAUUUGUGAAUCAUAAUAAUAAUAUAAUAUAGUAUUAUAGGUACGUGUUGCGGCUGGCCAGACCAUAUCACAUUCGGAAAUGGAUUUCAGAAAGGAUACAGUGAAAAAAUGUCAUGAUGAAAAUAUAAAUGGUAGAUUAUUUUGGAAAGCAAUAGUUGAACUUGUACCUUCUACGCCUUCUGUAACUCAGCUCCUUAAUAUCUAUUUAAAAUAUGUACAUUUAGAUAUGUAUAUAUGCUCGUCGACACUGGGAUGGAACUAUAUCAGUGAUGAUGAAGCAAGACUUAUACUAAAUGUCAUUAAUCAAAAACAUAAUAAUUUUUCGUUUGGGAAAGAGAGGUUCUUAGCAGGAGAAGAUUAUAUUGUCAGUUUAAAAGAUGUUCAUGAAUUUUAUACAUUCAUAAAUGUAUGUUAUAAUAGAUUACUGUGCAAAAAAAAAAAAGGUCACGAAGAAAAAUGUGGUUUUAUACAAAUUAAUAACUUUGAAUCCAUUGUUCCAUAUUGUAUUAUAGAUAACCAAAAAUAUGUACCACUAUUCUACUUUAAAAAGGAAUUUAACAUCUAUAUUGAAACCCUAAUACGUCGAGCUAUAAAAAUAGAAAAUUGGAACUUGGCCUAUCUCAAGUUCUGUUGGAAAAUUCAAGGUAUCAGAGAUGAAUUGUUUGCUGGUAACUCUUGCAGGGUGGUCAGUCUUGAUAAUAUCAAGAAAUAUUUUCCACCAGAAACACAUUUUGAGGAUUAUUGGCCACAUGAGACACUUAAUUCACAUCUCCCUAUUAAUCAGAAUUCUUCUACCAAUCUCAAGUUCCGUUGUAAAAUGCAGGAUAUCAGAGAUGAAUUGUUUGCUGGUGACUCUUGCACAGUGGCCAGUCUUGAUAAUAUCGAGAAAUAUUUUACAUCAGAAACACAUUUUGAGGAUUGUUGGCCACACGAGACGCUUAAUUCACAUCUAACUAUUAAUCAGAAUCCAUCCACCCAUCUCAACUUACAAGGUGCACUCCCUCAAACAACCCCUCAAGCAGAACCUGCUGAAUUUAUUGAAGAUUCGGUAACCAGCUGUGGUUGUAGUGAUGAAGAAAUGGAGCUGGCGGUAAUCACGGUGUUUUUGCAUUAUACGGCUUAUUGUAUGUCAUCGGUGGAUGUAAGUCUGGAACAUACUAAUAGAUUCUGCAAAAUUGUACAGCUCCAUCACCCAGUGGCGUAUCUACUGGUGAAUAUGAGGGUAAUAUCUCCCCCUCCCCGGAGACCAAAUGUUCUACACAAUUCAACAUGUAUAUUAUAAUAAUAUAAAUAUAAUAUGUGUAAUGUGUAUACUUAAUGUCUAUUAAAAAUUGUAUAUCCCCCCCCCCUUGAAAAAAAUCCUAGAUACUCUUCUGUGGCAUCACCAAUACAGCAACACCUGGUCUAUGUCAGAAUCGUCGACGAAUGUACCACGAUAUUAUGCAGAAGUAGUAGCCAUUGAUAGGCCACCUCAUUUUAAAACUUGUUAGCAUAUAUGAUUUUUUAUUUCUAAAGUUAUAACAUAUAUAUACCUAAAUAUUAUUGUGUCAUAACCAAUUAAUUGUUUUUCUAUUCUUUGUUUUAUUAAAAGGUAAUUAAAGUUUAAGUGACUAAAAAUAAAUUAUACAAGGUUUAAAAUGUAUGAAAUAGUGUAUAGUUUUAUAUAGAAAAGUGUAAAACACAAUAUGCUAGUCUUUUCUCUUUGUUUUCAAGAUCAAAGUCAACAAGUCAACAUGUUGGUACAAUUUGUCGAGCACUCAUUUGAUUUAAUAAUACGCAUUUUAUUAUAAUAUCUAACGACUUACGACUAUUAUCCAGAAAUACUUUUCUGAAUUAUACCUUGUUUUAUCUUUUAUAAAAUGUUUGUAUGUUUUUAAUACAUAAUACUGACUAUAAUAUUAUAUUUAAGA